AUGGCCAAUGAAGAGGGGUGGAUUCCCAUUGUCGAAGAAGACUCGGUUGGUCGUCGAAGCGUGCCAGAUCAGAGGAGCGGUGGUUUUGAUCCACUGACUGGAGUCUACCACUCCCUCCUUCAACUUGAUAAACAUCAACAAAUCCCAACUAGGCCUGACCUUGACACAGCCACAUUUGUGCUAUCACAAUUCCCACAAGCAGACCAAGCCGAGUCACGAGUUGCACUUAUUGACUCGGCUACUAACCACCGAAUCACUUAUGCCGAGAUGCACCGCUCAAUCAACAAGCUUGCCUCUGGCUUGUACCAUGGGCUUGGAGUCCAGAAAGGUGAUGUCGUUUUCAUCCUGUCCCCAAACUCACUCUUAUAUCCAAUUAUGUGUCUCGCUGUACUCUCCGUUGGAGCAGUUCUUACCACAGCCAACUCACUCAACACCGAGUCAGAAAUCGCCAAGCAAGUACAUGACUCGGGUGCCAAACUUGCCAUUGCUUCCCCGGAAGAGAUACACAAAAUACUCCCUACUGGAGUGCCAACGCUUCUCACUUCACGUCCGAAAGAUGACAGUGCACUUUCCAUUGAAGAGCUGAUUGAUAGCAGUGAACCACUAAAUGUGCCACAAGCCCGGCCAGCUCAGUCUGAUACCGCAGCAAUCUUAUACUCUUCAGGGACUACUGGAAAAAGCAAAGGUGUGCUACUAACACAUGGAAACAUCAUAUCUAUCAUGACACUACUCAGAUGGUCCGUGGACAUAUCAUCGUCUCAAAAUGAUGUGUUCCUCUGCUUCAUACCCAUGUUCCACAUCUACGGUCUUGCAUUUUUCGCCUUGGGAUUGUUUUGUGCGGGUAUUACCACUGUGCUGAUGCCAAGAUUUGACUUCCAAGACAUGCUCAAAGCAAUCCAAACUCAUAAGGUUAAUAAUAUUGCAGCAGUUCCACCAGUGAUACUUGGCCUAGUCAAGUAUAAUACAGGUGGAUAUGACCUGUCCUCACUGAGAAGGGUGGGCUCGGGGGCAGCACCACUGAGCAAAGAGGUGGCAGAUGGGUUCAGAGAGAAGUUUCCAUGGGUUGAGCUAAGGCCAGGCUAUGGGUUAACUGAGACUAGUGGUGGAGCAACAUUCUUUCCUUCCAAUGAACAAGCUAAGGCUCGUUUGGGCUCAUCAGGAAUGUUGAUUCCAAGCUUUAGUGCUAAGGUGGUAGAUUUUGAGACUGGAGUGGCAUUACCACCUUAUAGGGAAGGGGAGUUGUGGUUGAAGAGCCCUGCCGUAAUGAAAGGGUAUUUGGGAAAUGAGGAAGCGACAACUGCGACCAUUGACCCAGAUGGGUGGCUGAAAACUGGAGAUCUUUGUUACUUCGACGGAGAUGGAUUUCUAUACAUCGUUGAUCGGAUAAAGGAGCUUAUCAAGCACAAUGGAUAUCAGGUGGCACCAGCAGAACUGGAAGCACAACUUCUGACUCAUUCCCAGAUUCUUGAUGCAGCUGUUAUACCACUUGAAGAUGAAGAAGCAGGACAGAUACCAAUGGCAUAUGUGGUGAAAGCAGCUGGUUCUGAACUCACUGAAGUCCAAGUUAUUCAAUUUGUUGCUGGCCAGAAAAGAAUUACUCCUGGCAAGGGACAUAACUGUAUACAGCAGGGACCAGAUAACAUCGUACCAGUAAGCUAG